AUGCGAGGUUCCGUGUGUCUGGUCGGUCUCCUCUGGGCCUCCGUAGUCCUGGGGCUCCCCGUGGGCAGGAGGACCGGGCCUAAGCUGCUGCUGGUGUCGUUCGAUGGUUUCCGCUGGGACUAUGACCGCGAUGUGGACACGCCGCACCUGGACCAGAUGGCGAGAGACGGCGUGAAGGCGCAGUACGUGACGCCGCCGUAUCUGACCAUCACCAGCCCCACGCACUUCACCCUCCUCACCGGGCCUGGUUAG